AUGAUGGUCAUUAUGAAAGCAAAACAAAAAAUGUUCGAACGAAAGACUGCAACUUCAGUAACCACUUCUUCUGAAGCACACGAUUCCAACAGCAAUAAUAACUAUACAACAACAAAUCAAGCACCAUCUCUCUCCAUCAAUAGUAGUGUAGGCCUUCCAGAACACAACCACCAUCAACAACACUUUCCUUCCUCAUUAUCGUCAUCCUCUUCUCAACAACAUCAACAACCUCUGACUAAUUCCCCUUCCAAUUUAUCAAUUUUGCGAGAUUAUAAACAUCAUCAACAACAACAAGGUAAUACUCACCACAACAAUACCUCACCACAAACACCACCACACUCUCCCCGCCAAAAUUCAAACAACACCACCACCAACGGUAAUGCAUCACCAUCUACGGCUAGUAGCACCACCAACACCACAACAAACACAAACAAACGGCUAAGUAUCAAGUUAGCCUCCAACUCGAGUAAGCGUCUCUCGGUAAAUUUGCUGCUGAACAAGCUGAGCGGCGUAGGAGGUGGUAAUAAUGAUAAUGCUGCUCUUCAGCAUCACUUGCAACAAUAUUCGUCAUCCAUGAUGAGACAUGGCUCUGGAACUGGUGGUGGUGCUCAAGGAGGAGUAGGAGGAGGAUCGAAUAGUAUUGCUCCUGGAGGAGGAGGUAUUGGAAGUAGUAAUGCAUUGAUUGGAAAUAUGGAUUCAAUGAAUAAUGCUCUGAUGAGUAGGGAAGGCUCACAGAUACUAUUGGGUGUUCCCUAUAAGGAGGGAUUGGGUUAUAGAAAGACUUCUCACUGGCCCUAUCGUUAUAAUAAGAGAUAUUUCGUUCUGAAGAAUCAUCACUUGAGAAUUUAUCGAGCCAUUAAUGACUAUCAACAACAUCAACAGUAUUCAUCCAUUGUCAAACAUGCACUCAAACAGCAGCAACAUGGAGAUUCGAAUAUGAAUGGAAAUGUUGUGGCCAUUAAUAACAUCAUUAAUCAUGAUUUGUAUAAUUCUAGGGAUGACAGUAAUAAUUUGAGUAAUCAUAGUAUUGUCUCUCCAUAUUCUAGUUUUACUUCUAAUAUGAUAACCACUCCAUCUGGAGAUAUGAUACCUAAAGUUGAUACUUCUUCAUUCAUGCUCUACAAGAUUCCUCUCAAAUACUGUAAAAUAUUCAAGUUUCAUACUACUAAUACUAAUGAAUCGACUAAUUUGGACUAUAGAAGUAGUGCAUCCGAAAUGAAUGCAAAGGAUGUACCAAGUAAAUCAUUUGCUACCACUGAUAAAAAGGACGAAAAGAAGGAAGAUGACGAGGAAGAAGAAUUUGAACUUCAUUUCCUUCCUCCUCCUACAUAUACUGGACCAGGAGUUACAGGACAAAAAGCUUACAAAUUACAUGAAAAUGAGGAGGGCAAUACAAACAAUAUGUCGUCAUCACCUUCAUCGGUAAUUCAUGGAGAUGAAGUGGCUUCUGGCUCUGGAGCUAAUUCAGCCAUUUUCAAGCUGAAAUUUAAAGGAACUGCCAAUGAUUGGUUCAAAUUAUUGGAUAAAGCCAUCUUUUUGGCCAGUAAAACUGGAGAUAAUGAGGAAGAGGAUGUUUGGAAUCAAGAACAAAAGAAGGAUUUCGAUGAGGAGGAAUGGUUGUCACAAUACAAGAAGGAACAACAACAAGAUAUGAUGGAUUUACCAGUCUUUUUGAGACCACUUCAAAUGCAAAUUAAACAACACAAUGAUGAAAUGCUAAUUGACCACCAAGAAAAACAAAAGCAAAUUUCUGCCGAGAAGAACAUGUCUCUUAAGAAACGUCUCUCUCAAUACUUCUCAGGAAGUGGUGCCAGCAAUGCUAAUUCGAAUAACAAUAAUAAGAGAAAUUCAGGCAAUUCAUAUGCAUACGUCUCUGAAAAACCAUUUGAUUUGAAGAGUGAUAAUCUUGUAGAUAGUAUUUCCGAGUCAACAACAAGUCACAACAGUAGUAAUGAGAAGAGAAAGAGUGGUUAUGUUAUUGAUGAUUCGAUACCCGACAUUACUGACAUGAGUCAGUUACAGGACUUGAUUAGACAACACGACGAUGAUGAUUACUCUCAACCAUCUCAACCAAAGUUUGCAUCGGAUCAUAAGACUACUAACCAUGCAGUCUCCAGUUUAAAGACAGAAGAAAAGAAAAAUUCUGCUCUCCAUCGUUUAUCAACAAACCUUAGCGAACUAUUUUCGAAAAAGAAGCAACAAUCAAACACACAAGUGCCAGAUAACUCUGACACCAUCUCAGUCGAUGGAAAGAAGGAAAAGAGAAAGAGUGUAUUCGGAAGGCUGUUGAACAUCAACAAGGAGAAAUAAAUCCUCUUCAUUCAAUAAU